AUGUCGUUCUCACAAGCUUACGGCUCAGGAGCGUAUCCUCCGCAUGGACAGGGAGGUGCGUCGGGUCUGGGGCAGUCCUCGUUCGCGGGCCCCGCUGCGUCGGAGCCUGCGCGACCGCCUUCGUACAAAACAGUGCUCCUCGGGGACGCCUCGGUGGGGAAAUCGAGCCUCGUCGUGCGGUUCGUGAAGAACACCUUUUCGGACACGAUGGAGACAACGAUUGGGGCUGCAUUCUUCACACAGGCGCUGCAGGUCGACGGGCGAACAGUCAAGUUCGAAAUCUGGGACACGGCUGGUCAAGAGCGGUUCUCCUCCCUCGCACCCAUGUACUACAGAGGCGCCGCAGCCGCCAUCGUGGUGUACGACCAGUCCAACAUGGCAAGUUUCGACCGCGCGCAAGUCUGGGUCCAGCAGCUGCAACUCAGCGGGAACUCAAACAUCGUCAUUGCGCUGGCGGCGAACAAGAUGGACUUGCCGCACAAACAGGUAGACCUCAACCUCGGCCGUCAGUACGCAGAAGAGAACGGGCUGCUGUUCAUCGAGACCUCCGCGAAAACCGGACAAAACGUCCAGCAACUCUUCUCCAUGAUCGCCAGACGCCUCCCGGAGAAGCCCGUGAGUGCCCAAGGCCUCGGCGGAGGUGUACAUACAGUCAAACUCACGACCGACGACCCGACGCUGCAAACCCAGGGAGGCGGACUCGCCAGCAGAUUCGCCUGCUGUGGCGGCAGCUGA